AUGGAGAGGCAGAACAAACUAUCAGAAAAUAAUAGAGAAUUAUUAGCCAAUCUUUUGGAUGGAAUCCAUAGAAAUGAUCUCAAGAACAAGCUUAUGGGAACAGAAGGUUUGACAGCUYCACAAGAAAAAGUUACURCAACAAUAAUAAAUGAAGUGAAGCUUGCAGAGAAAAUCAGUACUGAUUGGAAGAGUGUUGGAUGUUAUCUUGGUCUGGAAAAUCAUACUAUACGAAAUAUAGAGGACACUUACAAAAGAACAAAGGACAAAAGCAGUGAGAUGCUGUCUAAAUGGAGACAAAUAAGUAGUAGCCCCACAGUARGUGUUUUGAUUGCCGCCUUAAAGAAUGCAGGACGGACAGAUCUAGCUGAGCAAGUGCAAGAAAGAGCUUCACAAGAAAAAGACAUUGCCGCAUCAAAGAAUGCAAGACAGACAGAUCAAGCUGAGCAAGUACAAGUGCCAUUGACAGAUCGAGCUUCACAAGAACGAAUUAUUACCACAAUAAUAAAUGAAAUGAAGCUUCCAGAGAAAAUCAGUAUAGAUUGGAGGUUUGUUGGACAUUACCUUGGUCUGGAAGAUCAUAUUUUACGAAACAUACAGGAGGAUUACAGAACAACAAAGGACAAAAGCAGUGAGAUGCUGUCUUCAUGGAGACAAAGCAAAACUUGCCCCAUAGUAUGGGAUUUGAUUGCCGCCUUAAAGAAUGCAGAACGGACAGAUCUAGCUGAGGAAGUACAAGUUAUGGCAGAAAGAGCUACUCAAGAUAUUGCUGCAUCAAAGAAUGCAGGAAAGGACGUAGCAGAUCUGGCGGAGCAAUUACAAGGUUAUACAAUGGCACCUGCUAUCUUACCAAGUGAAAACCUUCAAACUCAAAUUGUUAAGCAAAUUUCUCCAGAUGAGGUUGAAAACAAAAAAACAAACAAAGAGAUAAUCGGAGAGACUUGUWAUGCAGUAUGUGCUCUUUUGAACAGUCAGCAAGGUGGGAAUUUCAAACUGUCCUSCGCCGAAACGUUAACUCCAAACCUUCUAGACAAACUUGUUCGGUCAAUAGAGCAAAGUUUGAUUGAAGUUAUUGGAUUGACAAAUCUACGUCAGCUUUGCCAAAUUACAGUCCUCGAGAAGGAAAUCAYCUUCACCAUAAAAUCAAGUGAUCAACUGUUUACAGUUAAUUACAGUUUGUAUUUGCCUACUAAUUUUGUCGUGAAGAAAGUACUUCCUCUUGAGCCAUUGGUGAACAUUGCCCGUCUUUUAAAAUCCGGGUUAUUAAUCAAAUCAAAUCUACAAAACUUUGUCAAAGUGUUUCAGAAAGACAACKUGUUGUGUGAUUUGAGGGAAUCGGAUACCGUGCAAUUUAAGAAACUGAAAUCCGAUCCAAAUAAGAACAAAACACUGGCAAAUCGCAUCAUUAGCAACGGGAUCACUCGCUACAUAUCUGCGUUUGCAAACCACAAAGGUGGACAUGUGUACAUUGGUAUUGAUGAUGAAACGCACAAAGUAUGUGGGCAAAAUGUUGAUGAUAAAGAGAAACAGACAAUCGUCAAGACAGUAGACUCUGCAAUCGAGAAUAUGGUAUGGCCGGAAGAGCAUGGCAAGCCUGAACUUGGAAAGCACUGGAAUAUCUCGUUUAUUCCUGUCAGUGUAGUGGGGGAGUCUAUGGAAGAGAUUCCUGGACUGUUUGUUAUAGUGAUUUCAAUAGCACAAUGUCCCGGUGGAGUCUUUCUAGCACAACCCGAGACCUAUGUAAUAGAUGAUGAUAAAGUAGUCGAGAUGAAAUUUGAAGAAUGGAAAGAAAGACUAUUAAGCGACGCACAGAAGUGAAGUUUUGCUGGGAAAGUGGUUGGUMUGAACGUUGAAGAUCCAGAGGGCACCCAACCUAAUAUGAACUGCGUUGAAUUUACAAAUAUUCAGCAGGCUACCAACUCUUCCUGUGUGUGACUUUAGACAAUGCAUCUUUGCAACACGCAGCACUGAUGCGAAGAAACAAAUACGGUAGCUGUAUUAAUGUUUUGUUAAUAUCAAUAUUAAUAUUAGUAUUUUUGAAUUACAUUAUCAUUGUACUAUAGGCAAAGAGCACUCGCAAAUUUAUAAUAACGGUUUUAAAAAACUGGCUUUCUUGUUGAAAUUUCUCCAAUCUAGUAAGUUAGCACGUAAGUAAGUAGUAUCUGUUAAGCUUCAAAAUUAUCCAAAGACACUGAGUUUUAUGUCAUUUAGAUAUUUAUUUUCACAUGCACGACUUUAAGAUUUUUAAAAAAUUCAUUAGUAAGAAAGGAAUGAUGGCACCUUGUGAAAUUUUUUCUUUAUGUGAAGAAACAUUUUCGUUAUUUUAUUGUGCUAUCAGAAACGGUAUAUAAGUUGUCAUAGUGUAGUUUAUUCUUCUGCAUGUUUGUCACGUUUAUAGAUGUGACUGCAGCUGUAAGUUCUAUUCUUGGGAUAGAUAAUGUUAUUAGAGAUGUUGAACGUGACCAUAAGGAAACUGACGUGUACUUUUUAUUGCUCGCAAACUUGUGUAGGCAUCGUUAACAUAGACGUCAUUCAUGAUGAAGUCUGUAGCUUUGUCCCCAAACAGCUGUCGGCCUGCUUCCACUUUUUGGUGAGUCGGGGUGUUUGCUGGGCAUAAAAACGUCGAGAGAUUUUGGCGGGAAUUUGCCUYGCUUCAUYAASUUAUAUACUACCCUUCAAUCAAUAAUAUGUAAAUGAUAAAAAAAUGAGGAUUAAGGAUUAAGCAAUCAGAAAUUUUAUUAUAGUUGUUGUAGAUAUUUUUAAUUAGUUUGGAUCGAAAUAAAUUUUAGGACGAUAAAAUGAACUAGGUCAYCGUAAUUUCUUUGCAUACGGAAAAUAGUAUUCCAGGAAACACAACAAUUCCGGUCCAUCGUAAGAUACGAAGGAACGUAUCAAAAUUAUUACUAAUAAAAGACCUUAAAUUAAAGAUCA